AUGAAGGGAGGCGUGGUCACAUCGCUACCCUGCUCCGCAAAGAGGCAAGGUGGUGACUGCGCAACUCGCAAGAGAAGUCCAAUCGUCUUCGUUCUUGGCAACAUCGACAGCUACGAGCGCCGAUUACCCAGAAAUGGAAGCAAGACGGCUCGCCGAUACAGCAACAGCGACAUCAACAUCAGCCAUCCCAUCUGCUGUACCUAUGUUUAUCUCAAAUACCAUGGGGGCGGUUUCAGUAACAGUCUCCCCAUGGCGAUUGUAUUCCGGUUCCUGGCUGGCUCUUCCAUCCCCUCCAUUUUCCUGAACCCGGCCAUCGCGUUUGAUGUGUUCAUCGUCAUCAUCAUACAUGGAGGAAGGUACAUGUUCGGCGCCAAGGCACCCCGGGGCUGA